AUGUCCAACGACAACGUAGAGGAUAAAAAAAAUGUCGAAGGCGAACUUGGGGAAGCUCAGUCGUCGGAAUCAUUGACCGUCGCCCCGACAAAGAUGCAGGUAUUCUUGAGAAUUCGCCCGAAUUCCUCGACCAUUCGAUGCAACGUCGAAAACACUGUUUACACGCCGGAAGACAACACGACCCUACUUGUUAAGCCCUUCAACGGUUCCGAAGCAUCGAGGCGUCCCAAAAGCUCGAAACCCCACGACAACGCCGCCACGAAGAGGUUCAGGUUCACGAAAAUUUUCGAGGCCGACACCAGUCAGAUGUGCUGUUUUGAAAAGUCGGUCAAGGCCAGCGUCAUCGACUUCUUGAACAAUCAAAGCUCGACGAUCAUCAGCUACGGCACGUCGAACUCUGGAAAAACCUACACGUUAUUCGGCACGUCGUCCGAGCCCGGCAUAAUACCGAGGAGCAUAGAUCUGAUUUUUUCAUCGCUCAGUUGUACUCUGGAUCCGUGGUACAAGCCGAAGCGAUUCAGCAGCGUCGAUCGUCUGAAUGACUUCGAGCGCACCUCCGAGAUCAGCUCCAAGGAGAAGCUUUUGUCGGACAGAUGCAUCGAUCCGGGCCAGGAGGAGGCUUACAGGACUCUGCAAGACGAGGAGACGAACGAAACGAGCGACGUUUUUCAAGAAUCCAUGUUCUCCAUUUGGAUAUCUUUCGUCGAGAUUUACAACGAGACGAUCUACGAUUUGCUCGCGGUCGAUGAAGAAGGCGCCAAUGUGCAGCUGAAAUUGACCAUCGACAAACGCGGUGACACCUUCAUUCAAGGGGUCAAGUACGUGUGCGUAAACUCUGGUUUUGAGGCGUUCAAGGUUCUCGCGACUGGGCAGACGCGGCUCAGCACCAGCUCAGCGGCCAAUUACAAAAGUUCGAGAUCCCAUUCGGUUUUUACGAUUAAAUUGCUGAGACACGAUAAGGACUGUGCUUCAUCGGAGGUACAGGUUAAUACGCUGACUUUCUGCGAUCUUGCGGGCACCGGUCGUAUACAAAAAGCAGCCAACGAUGGAAAACAGCAGAAAGAAUCGAAAAACAUAAAUACCAGUCUUUUAGCUCUAGGCAGAUGCUUAAAACUUAUUGCCGAAGGACACUCAAGACAAAGUGUCGGCCCAUUCAGAGAUUCCAAACUAACGAGAUUGUUUCAACAUUCGAUCAGUGGCAGGGAAAACGUCGUCUUCAUGAUUCACUUGAAUCCCACUCUCGAGCUUUUAGCCGAAACUCAGAGUGUUUUAAACUUUUCUUCGGUCGCUAUGAGAAUCAUCGAUGAUGCCUCGAAGUCGGCGACGAGGGAGGCCGAUUUUAAGCCUGAAAUUUGUCGGCCAAAAAGUCACGACUCUUCUCUGUUUUCCUGCUCAAGAUCGAUCAAUGAUAAAGGUUAUCAGGAUUUGCUUCUUCAAAACAAAUUGUUGAAAGAUGAAAUGGAAAAGAUGAAGAGGGAUCACUUGAAGCGAGAGUUCGAGGUUCGGCAAGAAUUGGCUGACUUGUAUACGAAACAAAUGGACAGUCUCGAGGAAAAUUGGAAAAAUCAAAUUUUGAUUAUGGAAGAGGAAAAGGAGAAUCUAGUCAAAUUUUCUUGUGACAGAGUGGAAGAUUAUUAUAAAGCCAGACUUGAUUCUCGUUGUAAAAAAAAGCGAAAGAGAGUAGACGCUGGAGAUUUCGAAGAUGUCGAUGAUGCCGAAGAGAUUGACUUGAGCAGUGCAACCAGUACGCCAAUUCCGUCGAAAGCCUCAUUGGAAAAAUCGCUAAAUACAAUUAAAGUAGAAAAUAAACGUUUGAAUGAGGAGGUGCAUCAAAAUGAAUUGGAGCUGGCGCUUUUAAAAAAGUGUAUUAGGAAAAUUGCAAAUAUCGUUAAGACGGUACAAAAAAAACCGAAAAAAGAUAUUAACUUUGAAAGUCCCUGUAAGGAUAAGACAAAGCAAGAGAUACCCGUCGACGAAGAAAUAGUUAUUAGUGUAGCCACGAUAUUAGAUUUCUUGAAGAAUUCGUUCGAGCAAAAAAGUUGCUCAGGCGAUGCGAGGGAAAAAAUUAAUGCUCAGCAGCAGUGUAAUUUAGAUUGUGAAAUAAUCGAAGAUUUUUACAACGAAAUAGUUGAACUUUUGGAGCCGAGUAUUGUCAAACUUCCGGAAACGGACGACUCACUCAGUUCGUUGGAUGAAACAUCGGAGAAAACGUGUAAUUUUAGUCAAGUGUUAUCCAGAGUAAAAGAUUUGAUAAUCGACAACGUCACGAAACAGAUCAAAUACGAAGUUGAAUGUGCUGAAAAAUCCAAUCAGAUAAGCCUUCAUGAAAAAGAGAUUCAACACCAAGCGUCGGAAAUUUUACACUUGAGAAUGCAGUACCAAGAAUCCGAGUCGACGAGAAAUCUAUUGAUAAGCAAGUUGAAAGAAGUCGAGUCAAAGCAAAAAUCUCGUCAAUUUUUCGAAAAAGUAAGCAGAGGAUCGAUUGAUUCUGAAAAUUCGAUAGAAUCACAAAUAGGCGCGUUAUCGACGGAAUCUUCGUUCUAUGAAAUUUGCAACAGCGAAAGUUUUGUUUGCGAAUCCGAAAUCGAUCGUUUGCAAAGUAAGCCGACGAGAUACAGUUCCGACAGCAGCAAAAACGACUCGGGCUUAGCAUCGAGCAUCGACUGUCCUCUCAAAGUCUCAGAUAAUUACUCGCAAACUAUCGAUAGCAGUAAGGAAAAUUUGCCGAUAACAGAUAAGCUUACGGCCCUCAAGCUGGAUUAUAAACAGAUGAAGGCCCAAAAUUUGCAAGAAGCAUUGCGAGUUACUGAACUGUCUAUGGAAUUGGAAGAUAUCAAAGAAUCUAUGGCGAGAUUAAAAGACAAUACAAAUACUAAGGAAAAAACUAUUUUGGAGUAUGAAAAUCAGUUGAACGACGACAAAUUAGAAAUUGAACGAUUGACCAAUGAAAAACUAGAAUUAGAAGAGAGAUAUGAAGAAUUAGCUAAACUUUUAGAAGAAACAAAAAAAGAUUUUGAGCUGAGAUUGAGCGAGUCAAUGAUCAGGUUAAAAGUCUUCGAAGAAGAAGAAGACCGUACUUCGAAAUGUUUAAAAGAUUAUUGGGAAAAAUCUGUUGAUUUAAGCAGUGAAUUAUCAAUUGUUACCUCUGAACUUGAACGAACAGUGUCAAGAUGUUCUAAAGAACACGUGCCAAAAAUUGAAGAAUUGGAAAAAGAUCUUCAGGCUCAUAAAUCACGCGAGUGCGAGCUUGAGAAAAGAUUAUUUGAGUGUCAAGAAGAUCUUCCCAAUGCACAAAUUUUGUCAGAAAAAAUUUCAGACUUCGAAAAUGUUCUCAACAGAAUAAACAAAGAAAAAAUUAGGCUUCAAACACUUUUGAGUGAGCAAUCGGAAAAUCAAUCAGAAAUCGUAGAGAGGAUAGAUCAUUUGAAUUUAAUACUAGAACAACGUGACGAUCAUAUACUAAGUUUGAAGGCAGAGCUCGAUUCUAUCACGAGAGAAAAUUUAUAUACGAGUCGAAAAGCAAAAGAUUUGGGAAAAGACGUUGUCAAAUUGAUGGAAAAGAUCAGAAUAAUGAAAGACGAAAUUAUUCAGCUGAUAAGUUCGAUUUGCCGAAAAAAUGAAUGCAAGGAGAUGGAAAUCGAAAAGUUGAAACAAAAACUUUUGGAAAAAGAAAGAGAAGUGAAUUUUUUCAAACAAAAUCGAAGCUCUACCAUUCAGAGGUACGAGUGUCUAGUACGGCAACUUCAAAACGCCCUCAAAAUGACCAGCAGCUCGGGAAAGCUGAAAAAGUUAUUUAGUCAGAAGCAGAAAUACCUUUUUAAUCCCAAGGACAGCGUGACCUGCGAAGUUCACAACGUUUCCUCACAGAUCUCUGAUUGGAGAUCUUUGGAUUUGGAUCAAUCGGAAAUCUUGUCGGGUGCGGCGGGGCCUCACUUGUCCCGUCAGGCUUCUUCGAGCGGAAGCUCAGAGUUGGCCGAAAGUACCGAGAAAGCCGGUCGAUUGGUUGCAGAAAUUAGUGAAAAGUCUUUGGAAGUACGUUCGUUGCUGCUCGAUUAA